CAGACAAUUCCAGCUCCCGCCCGACCCCAGGCGCUCCACAAUACACCCAGACAAGCCAGGAGGAGACCGACUUGAUAGGAAGAUGUCAUAACUCUCUGAAAGAAUUUAUUCAAAUCUAGAGAAAUCAAAUCAGUUGGAAAAUGCAGGAUAUAAAAAUGGACAUGUAUUCAUCUGACCACACACAGAUGACCAUUGAUGGAACUCAAUCAGUCUUGGCAGAAAAAAGUCUUCAUAAAGCUCCCGGCCCGGACGUGCUCUGCAAAGUGUGCUCUGAUUCCAGCAGUGGCAAACACUACGGCAUCUACGCCUGCAACGGCUGCAGCGGCUUCUUCAAGCGCAGCGUGCGGAGGAGACUGAUCUACAGGUGCCAGGCUGGAACUGGAGGGUGUCCUGUCGAUAAAGCUCAUCGGAACCAGUGCCAAGCCUGUCGACUUAAAAAGUGUCUCCAAGCUGGGAUGAAUAAAGAUGCUGUGCAGAAUGAGCGACAGCCUCGAAGCACGGCCCAUGUCAGUCUAGACGCCCUAAAUGCAGAGGCUAAAAAGGAGCACUUGGCCACCACAAGGGAGUUCUCCACCUCAAAUCCGUACCCCUCAGACCUCCGCAGACCUCUGGUGACUUCAUCUGCUGCACAGCCUUGCACCAACCACCGCUUCAUGGUCAACCUGCUGACGGCAGAAACCUGUGCAAAACUGGAGCCUGAGGAUGAGGAGGAGAAUAUUGACGUCACAACAAACGACACAGAGAGCCGCGACGCCUUCGACGGUCACGUGUUCCCGUUGGCCAGCUCCUCAGAGAGUGUGUAUGAGACGUCCGCACGGCUCCUCUUCAUGUCAGUAAAGUGGGCCAAAAAUUUGCCGAUUUUUGCCCACCUGCCAUUUCGAGAUCAGGUGAUUCUGCUGGAGGAAGCCUGGAGCGAGAUGUUUCUUCUGUGUGCCAUCCAGUGGUCUCUGUCCAUGGACAGCUGUCCUCUCCUAUCCCUGCCGGAGCUUUCUCCCAAGGUCAGCCCGCCAACCUCCGACCUGCAGAUCCUGGAGGAGGUCUUCAACCGUUUCAAGGCUCUGACGGUCGACCCCACGGAGUUUGCCUGUCUCAAAGCCAUUGUGUUGUUCAAACCGGAGGCACGCAGCCUCAAAGAUCCAGAGCAGGUGGAAAAUUUGCAGGAUCAGUCUCAGAUGUUGUUGGGUCAGCACAUUCAUUCAGCAUAUCCCAACCAGAGCACCAGGUUUGGGAGGAUGUUACUCCUGCUGCCGUCCCUCCACUUCGUGAGUUCUGCUAAAAUAGGGCAGCUGUUCUUUCAGAGAACCAUAGGGAACACGCCCAUGGAGAAGCUGCUGUGUGAUAUGUUCAAGAACUGAACACAUCCUGUAACUUCAUAUAUCAUGUACACUGCUGUUUUAUCAUCCUACAAUAACAUUUAUUUGAUUAUUUUCAAUUACUAACUCAAAUUUUUCAACUGUUUUGACUGCUAGUUGUCAUUUUAAAACAUUUUCUCUAGUUACAUCAUUGUGAUAUUUCACAUUAGUGUCAGUUUUGUAAUCACCACACACCUAAUGUCCAUUUAGCUUUGUAUCAUAAACAUGUUUUUCUUUUAAUCUUCUGGGCAUUAAAGAUAAAAUGUGUGGAUAAUGUAUUGAUUCUUAAAUAAAAAUGGAAAUG